UGAAGAUGUUUUGCACUUCUUAUCUAUCAAAUAUGCCUUUUGUCCCACAAUGGGAUUACCAGGAGUUGCUGAUCGAGUUUCAAACAAUCUAUUGCAUCUGCCCACCAUCAAUUGAGAGCAUUACAAAUCAUAAGUGCUAUGAAUUACCUCUUGAAAUAAAGCGAGAGAAAUCUACACCCUCAAGUUUGAUUACUGACACCAGGUCUGAAAGUUCAGUACGAGAAAAGGAGUCUCACCCAGAAUUGAAGAACUUGGUAUUCAAAAUCACUAGAGCAAAGCCAAGUAAUGGAGCUCAUAACAUUCUUAAGAGAUGCAAAGAAAGUAACCAGGCCAAGGUACUACAAAAGAGGAAAAGUAGAGCACCAAAGCUCGAGAUUAGACAAAGACUCAUCAGACUCAGACAACGUAUCUUGGAGAAGAACAUCUCUGGGUUCACGGCUUCAGUAAAGAGAACUAGAUAUACUACUAACAAGUACCUUGGAAGGAGGUCUAAGUACAUUGGAAUUUCGAAGAAUAACACUAACUGGCAAGCCCUCAUCAAUGUGAACCAUGCUAAGAAGUACAUUGGCACUUUCUUACAUGAACUCGAUGCUGCAAGGACCUAUGACUUGUACUCAGUAGCUAUGCAGGGGGAGAAAGGACUGCUAAACUUCAGCUACACAGACUCAGAAAUGGUGGAGAUGAUCUCAUACUUCCUUGACCAUGGCUCUGUAAACCCACAACAUAACUUAUCUAUUUAAAUUGCAUUUAAUGAGUCUUAGGGUAAUAAAUUAUGAAGUUUG